CAUUUAGAGGCUGAGAUUACACAAUGCACGGCUCCGGACGUGUCCUGCUUCGUGCCGCCGCGCGUGCCAAUGGCGCCGCGCGUCGCUCCCUCACAUCAAUCAGUAGCAGCGCUGGCGUUUUGGCUGCUCGCUCAUCCAGUUCCAGCGCACUGAAGCUGCGCGGCGCCAGCGCUGUGUCUGUGCGUGCGCAGCGUCUGAACGCCGCGUCAGCCGUGCAGUUCCGCGGUUUCUCGAGCUCUGGCGAUGCUACGGACGUGCCUGUUCCGUCUAUGGGUGACUCAAUCUCGGAGGGAACCGUUGUGGAGUGGCUCAAGCAACCAGGAGACGCUGUGGCCGAGGACGAGGUCGUUGUCGUGCUCGAGACGGACAAGGUGAGCGUGGACGUGCGCGCGCCCUUUGCCGGCGCCAUGGGCCAGCAGCUGGCCGCCAUCGAUGACAACGUAACGGUAGGCUCGCCAUUGUUCCAGAUCGUCAAGGGCGCUGCGGGCGCCGAGAGCGCGCAGGAGACCAAGCCGGAGACCAAGACGGAAGCCGCGCCGGCUGCCGCAGCUCCGUCCGGCGAGGAGACUACCGUGCCUGUGCCGUCCAUGGGUGACUCCAUCUCGGAAGGAACCAUCGUGGAGUGGAUCAAGAAGUCCGGAGACUAUGUGGCUGAGGACGAAGUCGUCGUCGUGCUCGAGACAGACAAGGUGAGCGUGGACGUCCGUGCUCCCAAGGCCGGCACCAUCACCAAGACGCUGGCUGAUGUAGACCAGACGGUGGAGAUCGGCGUGCCGCUCUUCUCUAUGGUGUUCGGUGGUGAGGCGCCCGCCUCUUCGCCCGUGCCGGAAGCUCCGGCUUCUACUCCCACGCCGGCACCGGCAUCGACGCCGGCACCUGCCGCCACGCCCGAACCGGCUGCCGGCACUAACCCGCUACUAGCCACGCCUGAGCGCGCGUCUCGUCGCGAGAAGAUGAGCCGCAUGCGUCUGCGCACAGCCGAGCGCCUGAAAGAGUCGCAAAACACGGCGGCCAGCCUCACGACGUUCCAGGAGGUCGACAUGUCUAAGCUUAUGGGUCUACGUAAGCAAUACAAGGACGCGUUCGAGGCCAAACACGGCGUUAAGCUGGGUUUCAUGUCUGCUUUCGUUAAAGCCAGUGCGUCGGCACUACUUGAGGUGCCCGGCGUCAACGCUAUGAUCGACGACGAGCACCAGGAGAUCGUUUACCGUGACUACGUUGACAUGAGUGUUGCUGUGUCGACCCCUAAGGGUCUAGUGACGCCUGUGUUGAAGAACACCGAGUCUAUGAGCUUCGCUGAUGUGGAAAAGGGUCUGGCCGAGCUCGCGGCUCGCGCGCGUGACGGCAAACUGACGCUCGAGGAGAUGACCGGCGGCAACUUUACCAUCUCGAACGGCGGCGUCUUCGGCUCGCUUAUGGGCACGCCGAUCAUUAACCUGCCGCAGUCCGGCAUCCUCGGCAUGCACGGCACCAAAAUGCGACCGGUCGUGGUGGACGGAGAGGUCGUCGCGCGGCCCAUGAUGUACCUGGCGCUCACGUACGACCACCGCCUCAUUGACGGCCGUGAGGGCGUCACGUGCCUUAAGGCCAUUGCCGACAAGAUCGAGAACCCGGAGCGUCUGUUGCUCGACAUUUAAGUUGCAGGAGGAAGUGCAAUUGGCCAAAUUUGCAGAGAAAGAAUAAAAUGUGUUUUCUUUCAAGCAACUUAAGGAUUUAAAAAAUUACUUACGAAAGAAA